AUGGCCAACAUGCCAACCGAGGAUGAGAUCGCGUGGAUGCAGGCGCACAUCAACGACUCAACGGUUCCAGACAUUAUCGCCUGCUGCUCAAUCUGCGGUGCUGCCUCAGUCAUCAUCUUGACGCUGCGCAUCUGGUCGCGGCUGCAAACGCGCCGUCAGCUCGUUCUCAGCGACAAUUUGGUCAUUAGCUCAGUGCUUAAUAUCCUGAAUCCUAUCCUCUAUGGCGUGGCCACCGCAUUCGUCAAGUGGAGUAUUCUUGCCCUGUACAUCGCCAUCUUCCCGCAGAAGAACUUCCAGUACUGGGUUUAUUUCCUCUGCGUGAUCAACUGUCUCAAUGCUGUCGCAAUUGUUCUUGUUAGUUGCCUGCAAUGUCGCCCUCUCGAAGCACUGUGGAACCAAGCAGUGGGAGGCACAUGCAUCGACUUCAGCAUUUUCAGCCUCUUCAAUACGUCCUUCAACCUGGUUUUGGAUGUGGCCAUACUAGUAUCGCCUAUCAAGCUUGUCAUGAACCUCAACCUGAGUCAACGAAAGAAAAUAUUGUUGGCACUUAACUUCGGGUUGGGCGGAGGCGCCUGUGUCGUCGCAGCCAUCCGACUUCCCUUUGCUAGACGCGUGGGCGGUACAUCCAACCCAAGCUGGGACAUGAUUCCAGGAGGCCUAUGCUGCGUCGUCGAGGUCGCCGUGGCCCUUCUUUGCGCAUCGCUACCAGUCUAUCGACCCCUGUUUGCGCGCAUGGUGUCCAGUCAUUCGACCACGGGCAACUCCCAGCAGCCGGGACGCUCCCGCGACGCCAGCGACUACAUCCAUAGCGGUGGUCAGGUGAGCACACGGAUUACAGCGAGCAAGCGUCAUUCAUCCCAUCGAGGGGGUAUCAACAUCACUGAGAACAUCAGCAUGAAGACACAUGCAUACGUGAAUGGCAGGUGGGCACCAAUGCCGGACGACGACGAUGAGGCGUAUCUGGUGCCAGGGACAAAAGGAUCGCGCUCGACAACACCUAGCAAUAGCCAUGUGUAG